CUCAAGUCCCCACUGAAACGUUUCACUUAAGAACAACUUUUUGAUUCAAUACGACCCAGUCAGUUCGAGCACGUGUUGCGAUAAGUUCGCUUAUUGCGCGUUCUCGCCGUCACAUUUGGGGAGAAUUUUCGUUCCGGUAUCUACAUGGGGAAGUGUUUUUAGCUCCUGCGUGUGACAUUGCAUCUGGAUUAUUAUAAGUGCACUUUUAUGGAAAUGUUUCAUCUAUUUACCACCGUUACGCUUCUUCUGGCCUCUUUUGAUAUUUCUUUAUGUCAGCGGAAGGUCAGCAGAAAUGUAGCCUUAGGAGGUGAAGUCAAAACUGUCGCAAAUUUUAACUGUCCGGAGGAAUUUGGUUACUACCCUCACCCCAAUGACUGCACGCAGUACUACGUAUGUGUCUUUGGAGGAGCUUUGCUCGAAUCUUGCACAGGUGGACUCAUGUACAGCCACGAAUUGCAAACAUGUGACUGGCCAAGAAACGUAGGAUGUGACGGUGCCGAAAUAUCAGGUCCAGUAGCAGCGACAUCAGCGAGUCCACCCAGCAGCAGGACUCGGGAGGAAUCUAGAACACGCUACACACCCCCAACACCACCCCCAGCUCAGCCGGCGGCAAUCGUCACCUCCCGAGGACAACCCAGACAACUUCAGCACAACCAACAAGAAAUAAUAAAACAACGCCAACAGCAGCAGCUCUAUGCGGAUGCAGAAGAGACUCUUCCACCCGCAGAAGAGGUCGAAAGCGAUCGCCAACAAAGAGUCUAUCGGGGCCAACCAUCAACUAUUGGCCAAGUUCAAAAGGACAGAGAUGGGUUAAGACAUUCAAAUGCAAUUCCGACUUACAGUGGACGCAGUGAACGCAUUGGCGUUAUUUCUUUUGGUACUCAACAGCAACAACAACAACAGCAACCACAACAACAGUACAGCACAAUUGACGACAGACUUAGUAAUGACUUGACUUUGAAGAGGAGACGUAAAAGACAGACGCAACGAAGUCGUAUACGCUCUAUUGAAACUUCGUGGCGUGGUGGCCAACAAAAUUUUCAAACAUCGAGACUAAACAUAGGGCCUUAUACUUUACAACCCCCUCCUUUACAAAACCCAGUUUUUUCCUCCAGUUAUCAAAAAAGUAACUUUGUACCAAGCCCACUGAUUGAUGACGAAUUUAAACCUUUCGUUCCCAAUUAUCAUAUAGUACCAAGUCACACAGUUGCAAAAAAGGUACCUUUCACUUCAACUAGCAACGACUAUUUCACCGCUAUUACAACAUUUAGACCAGUGAAUCCAAUUUUAAGAGAACCCAACAAACUCAAGCACACUAUAGAUUACUACCGACAUGAAAACUUAAUGUUGCCGCAACACACACAUAUAAUAAACCACAACACUUCCUCUAUCAAAAUAACAAACCCCAAUAUCAACCUAUCAACUGCCAGUACCACAAGUACUCCUAUGUAUAGCGACAGUUCGAAAGAAGAAGAAAGUAACAAAGCGACGUCUGAUUAUCCCGACUUUCCUGAACAAUUUUUCGGCCCCCCUGCCUCCUAUUUCAAUUCAAAAAACAAAUACGAAAGUAUUGAAAAUCCCUUCGCAAAUCCUCACUUUGACUUUGAUAAAUUUUUGUCCGGCUUGCGUGAAGAACCCCCAACUACUACUGUCUCAAGCCCAGUUAACAAGCUCAAGUCCAAACCAAAAACAACAACUCCCCCAAAAACCCAACCAAGCGACUAUUAUUAUGAAUAUGAGGACGAUAACGAGGGUAGACGUGAGUCAAACGACGCGCCAAAAAAAAUUUAUUCGAGUCAAAUUAAACCCACUUUGAAAACGUUACCGAAACCAACCAAUGAUUACUAUUACGAGGAAGAGUACGACUAUCCUCAAAAAAAUAAUAACAAACCGGUCAAUGUCAGCAAAAAUGGUGAAAUGAAAUACUCGGCUAAAUAUCAAGGAAAACCUCUCAAAGCAAUAAAAACGACUCGAGUUCCUCAAAUUGCAACGACUUCGAUGCGCCCCACGACUAAGCAAUUUCUAACGAGUGAGACCUUUGCUUCGACCUCUACUGUUAGUUCGACCACACAAAAACCAAAAUAUACAACACGUCGCAAAUCUAAACUGACAGUACCGACGACACGUUCGAGAAGCAAACCACGACAAAGACUGACUGACGAUGACAAAAAGAUAAGGGUUGAUACCAGCAGUACCGCACCCGUACAACCCUCAGCCAUUUCCACAGCCACAGCAACGGCCAGAGCUUUGUACAACAGCAGUCAGUACAAUAGCAAUAAUUACGAUCCUUACUAUGCGCUGUACGAUGAUGACGUCGAGUUGUAUAGAGAUGACGAUUACUCGCAACAGUAUAAUAAUAACAAUAACAACGCUGCUCAAAGCCAAACACCUCACUACAGGAGGACUCCUUCGCCGGCAAUCCAGUCGACUCAGGAGGAGGCCCCCAAGCGUGGCAACUCGGGUUAUAUUCAGAAUAAUUACAAUAAUUACCAGCCGAAUUCAAAUUCCGAUUACAACGAUGAUAACAGUUACAAUAGUCAAGUAGAAGAUCAGAACGCUUACAGACAAGUAAACAGACAACCGACAAGGGGAGACAGAAAUGAUUUGAAUUAUUUAGAAGAAGCGUCGACUAAAAGAACUAUUACUACUACCACAACCAGAAAAACUACCACUAGAACAACAACUUUACGAACAUUUCCCCCUAAAAAGAGUACAUUCGCAAGCAGACCAGUCACAGCCCAUGAGAACAAAACACAAGCACAGUCUAUCAUUAAUACAUUACGAGAUGACCCGGGACCACAUCCUCUAACUCCUCAUACCAUUGAUCCCAAACAUAAUUCUAGCCUUGGACUAGACGAAACCACUACCUUCAGACCACAUUUACCUGACACACAGUCCAAACAAACGGCUGUUGUUUACAAGUCAGCGCCUUUUGCGUUAACAGACGAGCAUCUAACAACCGAAAAAGCCAUUAUAUUUCAUUACAUUACUAAAUCAUCCAGGUCAACUACUCUAGUCUCUACGGAAUCGCCUAUUAAAACUUCAACCGCCCAUAGUUUAAAAAACAAAACUUUUAUCGUUCCAACAACUUAUUCACCUCCGAAAUUUUUCCUCAAAUCUCUUUUACCUAAAUCUCUUACUCAUAGCACUACUCUUCCUAAUUUAUCAGAUACUAAACCGCAAAAAACGUUGAAAUCUGUGAGAAAACUAAUCAGUCCUAUUAACGUUAAUUACGGACUGUCGACUGUAACCGGCUCAAGUUUUGAAUCUGCCGAAAAGCUAGUUCCAGAAGUUGAUAGUAUCGGAAAUAGUUUGCCUGAUCGUGGUACACAAAGCAGCGAGGAAAAGCUAUCGAACGAAUAUGUCGAUGAACCAACCGAGAGUAAAGACACGAAACUUGUAACUUCUUCGGAAAGUCUGCCAGCGUCGUCAGAGGCAAUCACUGUUGCCUAUGACUCGAGCAAGGCUGAUGAUUAUUAUCUUGACGAUGAAAUAGUCAAUUCUCAUGAAGAGAGCAAGUUGCGACAUUACGUAGAACCAUAUGAUCGCUUUAUUAAUGUAUCUUCCGAAACCAAACGUUUUCGCACUACUAUAGAAAUCCCCCCACCACACGAUCUAAUUGAUGAUAGCUUCAAGCCAAAGCAAGAACCUGACCAAUCUCCAGAUUAUAAAAUACAGCCUUAUCCCAAACCAAUUGCACAAACAACAACAAGAAAAACGACAACGACUUCGACUGUUAAGACCACAACUACCGACUCUCCCAACACCUCAGUUCCUGCCAGAGUAUCCCGGGUUAACACUGCAAUUAAAUCACUAAUUGCAGUCGGGGGAACGCAAAGGCAAAACGUAAAAUGUCACGAAAGUCAAAAUGCCGAUUCAAAAUGCAACGACCCAAAGCAUCAGAGAACCAGUACUAGAGGCAGGGGAUCCACGCACUACGCCAAUGGAGGGAACAUUGUCAACAACGAGGUUACUGUUACAGUCAAUAGGGGAACCCCAGCAUCGCGGCCUCGCCCAACUCUGAAGCCUUCCACUUCUAUCGUGUCCAAGGCUUCCGAAUUCAUCGACAUCUACAGAUAUCCUCCGUCUAGACCUGCCCCAAUUUACCCCCAACCCCAGCCUGACAAAACUGCAGCCAAGUGCAGAAAAGACGUGUGCUUGCUGCCUGACUGCAGUUGUGGAGGAAAAGAAAUUCCGGGAAACCUACCGGUCGAAGAAGUUCCCCAAAUCGUUCUCCUUACGUUUGAUGACGCUGUAAAUGAUUUAAACAAACAGUAUUAUAUAGAGUUAUUCGAAAGUGGCCGCCGCAAUCCCAAUGGUUGUCCCAUAACCGCGACAUUUUAUGUUUCUCACGAAUGGACUGAUUAUAGCCAGGUCCAAAACCUAUAUGCCGAUGGUCAUGAGAUGGCUUCACAUACAGUGUCGCACAGUUUUGGGGAACAAUUUUCCCAAAAGAAAUGGACACGUGAAGUGGCGGGACAGAGAGAAAUAUUGUCCGCUUACGGGGGCGUUCAUCUGGAAGAUGUCCGCGGAAUGAGAGCUCCAUUUUUGUCGGUUGGAGGGAACAAAAUGUUCAAAAUGUUGUACGACUCAAACUUCACCUACGACUCGUCAAUGCCUAUUUACGAGAACAAACCGCCCAGUUGGCCAUACACCCUCGAUUACAAAUUGUUCCAUGACUGCAUGAUCCCACCAUGCCCCACACGUUCCUACCCCGGCGUAUGGGAAGUGCCCAUGGUUAUGUGGCAAGAUCUAAACGGUGGGCGAUGCUCAAUGGGCGACGCUUGUAGCAAUCCUCCCGAUGCCGAAGGCGUUUUCAAAAUGUUGACCAAAAACUUCCAAAGGCAUUACACGACCAACAGAGCCCCAUUUGGACUGUUCUAUCACGCUGCCUGGUUCACGCAACCACACCACAAGGAAGGUUUCAUCAAUUUCCUCGACAGUAUUUUGGAAAUGAAAGAUGUGUGGUUGGUAACCAACUGGCAAGCUAUCCAGUGGGUGCGAGACCCAACACCAGCAUCACGAUUAAAUUCGUUCCAACCGUUCCAGUGUGACUUUUCCAAUCGACCAAAACGGUGCAACAACCCGAAAGUGUGCAACUUAUGGCACAAAUCUGGAGUACGGUACAUGAGAACUUGUCAGCCCUGCCCUGAUAUCUACCCCUGGACUGGAAACACUGGAAUCCGCAGUAGCCGCAUUGACAACGAUAUUGAAGAUUAAUUCUAAGGGCCACAAGAAAGUAAACUGAUACAAAGUUGUUUUAAGCCAAAGCAGCGUUAUUUUAAAUGUUGCUAAUACAUAAUUAAAUGCAUUUUGGUUUUAUUCUAAGUAAUGGAGAAAAAUUGCACUAGGUAUAUCGAACGUUGUUAUUACUCGGUUCUAACGUGACCUGUUUGUAUGACUCAUUACUAUUACAUUAUUUCAAAGCUAAUAGUACACUAGUCAUUUAAAGGGUGCCAAAUUUCGGCCAUUUUGUUUCCUACUUAAUUUCGAUUUUAUUUUAAAUAACGUAGCUUGCUUCAGAUUUCUCCAUUACUUUGUAAGUGAUGUUGCAAUUUUUUGCACAUGUUGUAGAGGUGUCGCGUUCAUCGCAUUAUGAAAAAAACGUGAUGCACUUCAUACCUCAUCAACAUUAGGUAUACCUAAUAGUAAAUUGUAAAUACUGUAGUGGUUUAUUAUAUUAUUUAAAGAUCUAUUACAAUAAUACUGCCAAUCAAAAUAUACUCUUAGAAUAUCCUCUUACCUUAGUCGCCAGAAAUGGUUACAAAAUCCUCCAACCCGAUUAGUUUAUGAUCUAAUUAACUAUAAUCUUAAAAUACUUAAUUUAUUGUGUAAUAUCUGAAUAAUGGAAGAAUUCGAUUUUUUAAAUGCGAACCAGUGAGUGAUAAUAAAGUAUUUUGUUAAGAUUGAA